GUUAUAACAACUGCCCUCCUGCUGUUUCUCCAGUACAGAAUGGCCAACAGCACAGCCGCGACAACGCUUAACUUCCCCGAGGCAGAGCCCCUGUCCUACAUGUCCAUGCAGGUCCAGGAGGUGUACCCCUUUCAUGAUGGCUGGAACGUGGCCUGCUUCGUCAUCCUCCUGCUCUUCAUCCUCACUGUCGUCUCUCUAGCGGCAUUAGCGGUUCUCUACGAGUUGCUGGACUGUGGCUGCUGCGCCAAAGGAAAGACUCACCUGCAGCUUCAGGCCGAGGGCCCCGGGAGCUGCAGCAGGCUCAUGUCUGCCAUGUGCAAACCACCCGACUCACAGACUGAGAUCGUAUGAAAUGGAUGAAGACUAUUGUAUU